CUGCAGCCACAAGUGUUGCAACAAUUUCAAAUUUUUUAAAUUUCCAGGAAAAUUCUAUUUCUGAUAACUACUCACGAUUUCUUAGAGCUCGGUGUGAUUUCUAAACAAUUAUUUCCUCAUUCAACAAACAUUGCGAAUCAAACGUCAGCGGGACUUUACUCACUUCCUCUUAAACGUUUUUUGAGGUUAUUUUUCUUUCAGAUUUUUUGCGUAAAUUGCAUAAACAAUAACAAAUUAGAAUGAAUGAGAAAAAAACCCCGGCGCCUGGUGAUGGCCUUCGGUCUCUUAGAAGCACAACAUUGUUUAAAGCUGUGAAUUUUGAAUUAUACGUAAAACCUAAUUUGGUAAUAAUGGGAUUAGGGUUGGUGGCUUUUACGGGAUGUUUGGGCUAUAUUGCGUACAUGAGGAGUAAGUAUGAUGCACUUGGAUAUUAUCCUGCCAUUCAGGAAGACGGAAGAGAGGAAUUUGUAAAAAGAAAGUCGAAAUGGGACGAUUAAAUAGUUAUUAGUUUUAUACUAGUGUAAUUAGUUUUGAGUAAAAAAAAUAUUUGUUUGGCGCCUCAACUUAAAACUCAGUAGUACCAAGCAUCAAACUUGUCUCUUAUGUCAUUUUUGAAAUAAGGUAAUCCUUAAAUUAUUGUUUAAUUAAUUGUGUAAAUAAAUUAAUAUUGUUGUU